ACUAGCCGUCACCGUCAGUCUUGGGCCUGUUUCGUAGCGAUUCUGACGAUUUUCUUACCUAGAGUGCCGUGGCUUCAAGUGCCCUCAAAAGUGCAUAAUUUUCAUAUCAUUUGGCAUAACUUGUGACUUGUGGCGAUUAUUGGACAGCAGGUUGUUGUCUCUAUUAGUGCUGAAAAUCUUCGAAUCUUAUCCUGCAAACUGCCAUAGUCAGUGGAAUCCGUGUUUGGUGCGGCCAGGAGUGUAACCGUGAAUUCCAGAUUUGGGAAUUUCGAGAAAUUUUUUCGAUCUGCUGUUGUGAAGACGUAGUUCGCAAGUGUUAGGCAGAUUGAACGAAACGAUUAGUUACGAUAAGAGACGAUACAGUGGCUAAUUUUAAGUUGUAGAGUAUAGAAAUAGUUGCAAAACAGUGUUGUACUUAAAGCCCCAUUUUAAUGAGCACUACAUGUGUGAGUGAGUAGGAAUCUGUCUUCAAGAGCUCGUAGUGCUGCUGCUAAGCGUUAAUAUCGGAGAGACAAGCAAAAAGUUGAAAAAAAGUUUUCAAUCGCUGUUUUUGGAAAUCGAGAAAGCAGUACGCGUGAACGAGACAGAGACGUCCAGUGAGCUGGGCCACGUUCCGUUAUAUUUUGGCUGGAGUGACUGAUGAUGUUGUUGGAUUGAUGUGCCAAGAAGUGUGACAGGUCGAUCGAACGGGGAGAAAAACGCCAAAAGUGAGUGUUUUACGCAACAAUUGCUUUCCUUCGGCCGAUGUCUCGCAUCCUGGUAGAUAAAGUUCCAGGUCACCGGCUGUAAUACACACGCGUGAGAAGAACGAUUAGCAUUCGCUUCAGCGGUAGCGGCGGUUAACGAUAAAAAUAUUUAUUUAGGAACAAUCACUCAUUACAAGCGCCCGUGCCCACGUAGGUCCGGUCAGUGAUAUUGCGUGAACAGCAAGUAAUAGCCGUAACGAUAGAGCUUAUUUACCAUCAUAACAUAAGGAACUUUAACACCGUUCUGUUGUACUGAAUACAUACUGGAAACCACGGUUGGGUCUGGAAUCCAACUGAGAAUUUCGACGCGAGUUUUGUUCGAUCCAAUGACAUAGGUGAUUGCAAUCGCAGGAAUGUUCAAGUGUAAUUUAAUUUCCAACAUUCGUAAGGCACAAGUUAACUGAUAAAUUCUUUGAUUUUCGCUCCAUUCAGCGCGAGAAACGAAAGAAAGGAAAGUAAUUUCGAGCAAAGUGACCAAAAAAAAGGUCUACUGUUCUCUGGGACCUGCAAUAAGUUUGAUGUGGUAAAACAAUCACCAGGAAAGCGGUGGCUGCAAAGCAAUAAGAUAAAGUUUUGAAGGUUGUUUUUUCCUCGUUCGUCCAUCUUCGAGUCUCGCACUGUUGUGAUUUUCGGUGAAAAUCAGGUGAAAAGAAAAGCUCGCAAAGCAACCUCAUUCCUAACGGCGUACUUGACGGAGUGGUGUGAGAAGUGGUAAAAGCAAGGAAUUACCUCACGAAAAAACGGGCCUUUUGAAUACCCCAACGUACGGGUGCGUCGCUCCCCGUCGCCGCAGUCCUCACCGUCGUCGUCGUAUUCAUCGUUUGAUUGGUCAACAUUGUGCGCGUUCGGUCGAUCAGAUUUACCCAGUCCGGGUACUUGGUUUAAAAGUGGUUGUCCAAGAUGCUGGCUCCAGGACAUGUGGUGUCACUGUAUGUGGCAACGAGCGGCUAUAACGGUGCGGCACUUGGCUCCGAUGAGAAGGAAAUUGUUCUGCUGAUUUACGUAAUCAUCGAUGUGCAAACAAAUAAUGUCGUCGGUGUUAAGCAGUACUUCGUCCGGCCUACGAAUCCACACCAGCACUCCCUGCUCAGCAGUAGCAGUGUCAGUCAGAAUAAUAUCAGUUCCAGCAAUACCUCACUUGACCAGUCCGGCGGAACAACCUGUUCGUCAUCGCUAUCCUCCUCGACGGUGGCCACCAUUAACUCGAACAAUCUGUCGACGUCGUCGUCGCUGUCCGCAUCAGUACCGACAGCACCGGACAAUGCCAUUAGUCAGGAGAUCCCCGCCAUCGAAUCCCUGAUCCAGUCCAACGGUCGACCGCUGGAAGAAGUGAUCGAACAGUUUGACGCUUAUACGCGGUCCCUCAAAAUCGACCCGCACGGGUCCGGCUUUCGGUUGGUGAUGGACGGACAACUUCCGCUAAGACAGUGUCUCCAUCCGGAGGCAAGUUCCAAAGAUAUUCAACUGCCCGCGUACUAUUGGCGAUUCAGUGACCUGCGGAAGGAAUAUGUCCGUUGCAAAGCGGGCGAUUUGGCCCGGGCACUGGUGCCGGUGUCCGAUGUUACGAAGCUACACACGAUGCCCCGGUUACCGACAACCCCAACCUCCGUCGCGGAGAUGAUGCAAGAUCUUGAACUUCCUGUGUACCCAGAAAGUGAAAUCUAUACAAAAGAAGCCCGUGAUAUGGUCACAAUUAUACAACACAUGAUAUCAUUAGGUCAUAAAUUCGAGGCAAACGAAGUCGUAAAUUUAAGUUUAGAACCUGGAAUAUGCUCAAUCGAUGACGAAAUUGAUGGCACGUGUAUAGUUCGUGCACGUGGAUUGCCCUGGCAGAGCAGUGAUCAGGACAUCGCCCGCUUCUUCCGGGGGCUUAAUGUGGCCAAGGGUGGUGUAGCACUCUGUUUAUCACCCCAGGGACGUCGUAACGGUGAAGCGUUGGUACGCUUCAUUACGCAAGAGCAUCGUGACAUGGCGUUGAAGCGGCAUAAACACCACAUCGGCAAUCGCUAUAUUGAGGUUUAUCGAGCCUCCGGAGAAGAUUUCUUGGCUGUGGCCGGUGGUGCAUCUAAUGAAGCCCAGGCAUUCCUGUCCAAAGGAGCUCAGGUCAUAAUUCGCAUGAGAGGUUUGCCAUACGAUUGCACUGCGAAACAAGUGUUGGAUUUUUUCGCCAACGGAGAGAACGCUUGUACGGUGCUGGAUGCUGCCGAUGGAAUACUAUUUGUAAAGAAACCCGAUGGUCGGGCCACCGGAGAUGCAUUUGUACUUUUUGCCCAGGAGUCGGAUGCUUCCAAAGCACUCUCGAAGCACCGUGAGUCGAUCGGACAGCGAUAUAUUGAGCUUUUCCGGUCGACCACAGCCGAAGUUCAGCAGGUUCUGAACCGAUCUAUGGAUCCAAAAACCUAUGAACCGCCACAGCCGCCUUUGAUUGCGGCACUACCACCGGUGCAAAUGCCACUUCUUCCACAACACGUCAUCACCAGUGGGACAGAAAAGAACUGCAUACGGCUUCGUGGUUUACCGUAUGAAGCUAAGGUCGAACACAUCCUACACUUUCUGGAAGAUUUUGCAAAGCAUAUUGUCUACCAGGGAGUACACUUGGUCUACAACGCACAGGGUCAGUUCAAUGGGGAAGCAUUUAUCCAGAUGGAUUCGGAAACAGCCGCAUUUCAGUCGGCCCAGCAGAAGCACCACAAGAACAUGAUGUUCGGAAAGAAGCAACGCUACAUCGAAGUUUUCCAGUGUUCUGGUGACGACAUGAACAUGGUACUUAACGGUGGGUUCCAGCAGCCAACGAGUAUUUCGAAACCGCCGCUACUAUCACCCGGUAUGUUACCAACAGCGCAACAACCACCGACACAAGCCCCACAAACUCUUGCGCUGUCACAGCUCCCGUUGACUGCUCCUCCGCCACUAACGUUAUCGAUUCCUCCUCCUAAUCCUCAGUUGAUAGCACAACAGCAAGCUCACUUUAUAGCCCAACAAAGUCUAAUGGCCCGACAAGCAGCGGCAGCUGCCCAGCAACAAGAGCAAUUCUUUCUUCAUAAUCUUGCAGUUUAUCCAGCUCAUUCUACAGUUGCUUCGAACACAUCAAUGGUAUCCCAGGCCGCUCCAACAUAUGCCACUGCGAAUGCAGUUCCUCACCAAACUGGCAACCUUCACAUGGCCCACAACCAUAUGUCACCUGGUGUUCCCAAUAUAAAUCAGACUGCAUCGCCCUAUGGUCAUCCUUCGGCCGUAAGUCAGUACCCCCCAUUCUUAUUUAUGCCACGACAUAUGAUCACUCCGGGUGGGUUUCCGAUGGGCUUCAUGCCUCCUAGUUUGAGUUCACUGCAAUUUCCCUCAGUUACGGGUUCCCCCACGGCUUCAGCUGCCGGUAUCUCUCAGUCCCCUUUCGGGAUUCAUCAUCCCGGAUCACUCACCCACUCUUCGGCUACACCUCAGCAACAGCAUCAGCAUCAGCAGCAACAACAUGUUGCGACACUGAAUGCGAAUGUAGUGGCUGCCAACUCAAUGCUUCCCGCAAGCAUUAAACGCUCCUAUGACAAUGCAUUUCGUAGCGAGCAAUCCCCGCUAGCGACGACUGGAUCUAAGCGUCCAUUCCAUGGUGGCUCCCAAGCGGCUGCUGCUGCGGCAGCUACAGCAGCUGCACUUUAUGCUCCAUACUACCAUCCACAUAUGUGAGCUUUUCGUGGGUGCAUUGUUCUAUUCAUUGAAUUUAUCACGUUGCCUAUAUGAGUAACUAGAGUAUGCUUUAGUACACAAGUGCUAAGAUCAUUACCAAUAUAUUUUAUAGCUCAUUUUUUUGAUAACUUAUGAAUUAUUUUCCAUUAACUGAUAGAUAUAUUAUCUAGUAAAUGCAUUCCAUCCACUGCAAACUGAUGCAGCUAUUGUUUGGAACACCAAGUGGAUCCCAAAAAUUUAAAACUUAGUACGCAAGACUCUCUCCAAUCGAAAGAAGCUACUGAACGUACUUAUAAGAGAAAAUUCAUAUACAAAUUUGAUUCAUAUCGUUUAUCAUUGAAAUUUUUACAAUAACUUCAGGUGAGAAAGUUGUGCUAUCAAAUGUUACCCUCCAACCCCCAUCACAAUUCUUCUAUUCGAUAUAUCCAAGCCAUACCCCCUCAUUAACAUCAUGUUGGGAUACUGACAACACAAUUUCCCACAAUCCUAGACUGACACCCUGGGCUGGAAGAAAUGUACCUUCCUUUCACACACCAAUGCGUCCAAAUUCAACACCAACACACUCACGAUAUAAUUCCCUAUCAGAGCUGCUGUGUGUAGAAGAAUUAUUUUAAUUGGCCUUUCGCUGACUGUCUAUUAGUUCAGUUUCCAAUUUUUUUUAUCCAUGGGGGUGUUGGGAUCGCUGUUAAAUGCCGUUGUUAAGGAGCUAUUAGAAUUCAUUGUGAAUGAAUUGUGUGAAACGAAUGACUUAACAUAUGUAACAAUUGACAGCUCCUAUCGUUGAUAUUUUUCUGCAAUGUUAGAAUUAGUUUCCAACUCGGAAUUAGCGUAUAACGAUAGAUAUUUAAUUGCAUAAGGAUCAUUGGCGAGUAAUGUUUUUCAUACACCUAACCGACUGGUGAGCAUAACGACGGUACAGAGCUAAAUUGUGAACUUUACACGUUUAUUUUUUGAUAGAAUUAACAUUUUUUGAAUAUUUAUUGCAAAUCUAUUGUACGGCAAUCAUUUCAGUACGACUAACCCAUUUACCAUUGGUACCGCGCGUGUUCCUUCCGAAAUCAAACAACAGAAACACGCACAUCAACAUGCGCAACCACACGCAAAUAAGUUAUAUAUUCCACUAACAAAAAACCGUUACUUCCGUUCAUUGGUUCAAAUACUUCCGUUAUCGUUGAUUAUAUCGUUACUAAUGUCAUGUUUGUUAAUUUUUACAAUCGUUCUUCCUUGUGUACCAUUCCGGUUUGUGACUGAAUCGAUCUGAACUUGUGUUUUGUUGAGUUUAAAUUUGCACUUUACUGAAAGAAUUUUUCGUUGCUGCUUAGAUAUCGUAACCAAAUGUUUUAUUUCUACAUAAAACAAAAACACAAGCUGAGUUACUUCAGUUAUUUUUGUUUAAGACAGCAGGUUGUGUUACGUUACCAGAACUGGUACUUAUAGGGCAGAGCUAUUCAGGAGGCUUAUCAAAUGUCAAAUAUAACCGAUAAUGAGACAUUCCAUUAAACCGUACUAAAAAAACUAAUGAUUAAGUUUGACGUUUGAUGAGUAAGCAAACUUUGCGAGAAAACGGCUACGUUGUACUUUAGUAUAGAUAUUGUUAAAAUGUGCACUCAUCUAUAAAGACAGAACGGGGGUAAUUCAAGCGCAGAAAGUGUUCAGCUAAAUAUGCUUCAAACUCAUUUGGUUCUUUCAUGGCUAUUUUCUUAUUUUAUUCACUAUCAUUCGGUUUAAGGCAUUCUGCAAUCGAUCAUUGUACGUCGUUUAAUGUUUUGUGGUUCAAGUUAUGUUUUAUACAAACAAUGCACCUUAUGCAUCGGGCGGCUGUAUGUGGCCUGCUUUGCUUUUAUAUUUUUACCUAGAUACGUUUUCGCUUGAAGCAAUAUCUACACCAGAUUCGACCCCGACUGCUGCCAAAUGUAUGGAUUUGACAUCAGUUUUUCCUCUCCGUUUUAACUCAGACUUCUUGAUCCAUAAAGUUGACAUCAGUUGGAAUUGUAACUGGCUAAGUUUUGGCUUCAAAUGGAAACGACAUCAGUAUCCAGUUUGAAAUGUAACCUUUCUGUCUUCUGGUGAAUGGAUAGUGUUCAUAAAAGAAGGGUACACAAUUACAUAGAAGCGCUACUACAGUAACUUAAAGACAAUCAUGUGAAUGUUGGUAACAGUUUCGUUUUAUUUUUUGCCAGCUCAAUACAAUUUUUUAAAUGUCUGUGUAAGCGUAUGAUAUA